AUUAAAAGUAACAAGGAUACUUGUGGCAUGAAAUUGCACAAGAUGAUUGAACAUUGUUUUUCUAAAAGUAUAUUUUUAUUUUAUUAAUCUGGUGAUAACAUAUUUUUCAUUUUACAUUUUUUUUCGUUUCAAUCAAUAAAAAUGAAUUCUCAACAUUCUAAAAAUGAACAUUUAAAUUGUUAUUAAAUUGUAUAUUUAUAAAGAAAAUCACGUCAAGUUGACCUAUAUUUUAAUAUAUUAAUUUUUUUUAAUUGUCUUUGUUAAUUUUCAUUUCUUGUUUCUUUCUCUUACUUUUUUUUUUGGGAAAUAUAUAAUGACUGUGAUAAGAAAAUUGAUAAAUUCGGCGAUAAUAGUAGGAAGAAACGUAGAACAUUAUAAUCAAGCAAUGUAUUCAGGUGAAUAUUAAAACGAUCUAUUGAAUGUUUCUGAAAUAUAAUUUAUAUAGAAGAAUCAUAAUAAUGUAAAUAUUAGAGAAAUAAAAAGACGAAGGAAGUAAUAAUCGUGACCUUUUAGAAGAAACAUUCUAAACAUUUGGAUGUCAAUCUAAUAUACCUGACAAUAAUUGUCCCCUCUUUAUUGUAAGAAUGAGGAAUUUUUAUCGAUACACUGGUGCUUGGUAUAUUAAUUGUUUCGAAUUAAUUGAUACAACAAUUGAAAUUAGUUGACUAGAAGAAUUGAAAAAAUUGGUGUAAUGAAGAAUUGAACGACAUUUGAAAGAAAGGAAAACUUUUCUUUUUAUUUUUCAAAGUAGUAUUUAAGAAACGCACAAACAAACAAACAAGAAGAAAAAAAUGCCUCACGUUACUAGAAAGUGGGAAUUAUUUCCUGGGAAAAAUAGAUUUUGCUGUGAUGGGAGAUUAAUGAUGGCUCCACAAACGGGAGUAUUUUAUGUGACUGUUUGUUUAAUCGCCGGAACGAGUGGAUUAUUUUUUGCCUUCGAUUGUCCAUAUCUUGCGGAUAAUAUAACGCCAGCAAUUCCAGUGAUUGGUGGUUUUCUUUUUAUAUUCGUUAUGUCCGCUUUAUUUCGAACAAGUUUCAGUGAUCCUGGCGUUAUACCACGUGCAACGCCCGAUGAAGCUGCCUACAUAGAGCAACAAAUUGAAGUGCCAAAUAAUGGCAAUUCACCAACAUACAGGCCUCCACCACGUACAAAGGAAAUAAUGGUUCGUGGACAUCCUGUAAAACUUAAAUAUUGUUUUACGUGUAAAAUAUUUCGACCACCGAGAGCGUCACAUUGCAGUUUAUGUGACAAUUGUGUCGAACGCUUCGACCACCAUUGUCCCUGGGUAGGAAACUGCGUGGGAAGAAGAAACUAUAGAUAUUUUUAUGCCUUUAUAGUGUCUUUAGCAUUUUUAUGCGUUUUUAUUUUUGCCUGUGCAAUAACACAUCUCAUAAUGCUUACAAGGAACGAUAAUCCGUUCCUGAAUGCUGUGAAACAAUCUCCAGGUAGUGUUGUCGUUGGUGUUGUUUGCUUUUUUUCCGUCUGGAGUAUUCUCGGAUUAGCUGGAUUCCACACGUACCUCACGACAAGUAAUCAAACGACAAAUGAAGAUAUAAAAGGAUCCUUUACCAGUAAACGGGGACAAGAAAGUUUCAAUCCCUACAGUCAGGGGAAUAUUUGUGGCAAUUGUUUUUUUGUAUUAUGUGGACCUGCUCCUCCAAGUCUUAUUGAUCGUCGAGGUAUUGUCACGCCCGAAUAUAGAACACAACGUGAAUGGCUCGACGGCGAGAGUGUUAUAAUAAAUCCAGGAAAGACGUACGGAGCAGUUAAAAUACAACCACAGCAACAGCAAAAAAUGAACGGUGUCGGUAAUAUUUCAAUAAACAAUGAAGACUUCACUGGUUCAAUGAAUAAUCUCUACCAUGGACAACAUUCACCACAACGAAUUGAAUCAAUGAACGGUAGUACAACAAACAGCGUGAGUCACCUCGUGAGCCAUGAGGCGCCAUUGGCCUCGCUUAAUAUUGCGCCAAUAGAUAUCGACGAAAUUGCGCCAUUACCGUCGACGACCGUGGGAAUUCCAAUUGGAUUGGACGAUGUAUCAUCGUCAUCAAUUCCGCAUUUAUCGUCGAAUAAUACAACUGCCAGCACUCCAUUGUCGGCGUCCAAGCUCCGAUUAUUGCAGGACACAACAAUGAUUGAAUCGGCAUUAGAUUUAGAUUCGCUGGAGGACGUUGCCAGUCAAGCGGGUUUGAUCAAAUUAGGCGGUACUGUAUAGCGCAAUAAAAACCACUUUUGCCCCCCUAGUGCUCAAAAACCAGGGCUCGAACUAAAUCCCGUAAAAAACCGCGAAAGUCCGUAAUUUCAUUCAAGAAGGAUGAAAAAUUUCUGAAUUGUACGAUACAAUUUGGAGAAUUUUAGAGAAAUUACAAAUGAUUGAUAAAAUACCAGACAAA